AUGGCCACGGUGAAAAAAGCGCGACAACACGGUAGCGAACAAGACGAAAAGAUGGAGAUACGCAAUUUCUUGCGCAAGAGACAGGUUGUCGUCUUGCCCACACCCAUGCCAAUUGGUGUCAGCUAUCCAAAGUCGGACCAGCAUAGACUAUUCUUUCCCGAAUCUCCAACUCUGGACAAGUUGGCUAUCAUGGAGGCCUGCUUGACUGGCUUUCACGACGUUCAGCGCGCACACAAUCUUUUCACCGACGCACUAAAAGACCCAAAGCUGCGAGCAUUGCUGGAUACGUCUUUGCAUAAUGCAUAUCUCAAGACUUAUAUUGAAUAUGCACUUCAUGAGGAGCAGAAUGGUCACAAUGCGACCGUCUGGAGACGUCGUUUCUGGGAUUUGUACGCCAGCAUGGAGGAGGAGGGGUAUUUCGCACAGCCAAACACGCAGACAUAUACUACCAUGCUAUUUGGGGUCGCUCACUCGCCCGACAUGAGCCGCGAGGCGUGCACGGAGUUUGUGUCCAACAUGAUGAAGAACAUGGAUCUGCGAGAGGUAUCGCUGGCGGAUGUCAUUGCCCAGUACCCUCUAGAUGGUGAAGCUGGUCAGAAAUUCCUAGAAAUUUUGACCGAGGGGGCCAAACACAGUGGCUCGCGCGCCCAAGUCAUGGAAAAGCUGGCAAAAAUCGGGAUCACACCGACUGACCAGCAUGACGUUGUGGAUACUAUUGCUGAACUGCUUACCCGGUUAAAGGUUGUCAAAAUGGAAGUGGACGGCGUCAAAGUCUCUAAAGAGGUCUUUGAAACGCCGUUCAAUCUCGAGACUCUGAAGAGCAACUUGGAGAUGAUUGUACAGAGUCGCAAGACAAUCCCCGACGAUGUCCUCCUCCGUCAAAAGCAGCUAGAAGAAACAGCCUACGAUGCUGCUUUGGCCCGCAUGAAGCAUGAAGCAGAGCUCUUUGAGAAGAUGCAAAUGGGAACGAACUUCAACCGGCGCAGUCUACAAGCAUGGAUGUGGGACUGGCAGGUGCAGACGACUCCUUAUUUGCAGGAGCGCAUCAAGGAGCUCGAGAUCGAGGAGGUAGAAGAGCAGGCGAGAAGAGCCAAGGCUCAUCGUAAAGGAGAAGAAAGAACUCCUAUCUCCUUCUUCCUCAGGCUCCUUCCGCCCGAAAAACUCACCCUUAUUUGUAUGCUCGAGCUGCUCAACAUGCUCGCAAGCGGCGGCUACGAAGAUGGUGCGCGUACAACACGCGUUCUCCUCAGUAUUGGAGCGGCCAUCGAAGCAGAGCAUCACUUCCAAAUGGCAAAGAAACAUGACAUCCCGGUUCCAGAUUUCAAGAGCAAGUCUGAACUUCCAACGUAUUCGGUAGCUGGCUAUUUGGAACUUCAUAAAGAGCGCGUCAAGGCGCGACUUGAGCUCGAGGGCCGGGAAAACUGGAUGCCACCGUGGACGCAGGAGGUCAGAGCUCGUGUGGGCGCAUUUGUAGCAGAUGCUUUGAUGGAGCAGGCGAAGGUGAUCCAGACAAAGGUCAUCAACGACGUUGUUCACGAGGAAGAGCAGCAGGCGUUCUACAAUGCCUAUCGUUACGAACGGGGAUUCAAGAUAGGCGUGAUCAAGAUGAACGACAUGAUUAUCGACAAACUUUCGCGCGAGCCUCCACGAGAGCGACUCCAUGCUCGUCAUCUACCCAUGGUCGUGCGACCUCGACCGUGGCUGCGACACAAUGCAGGAGGAUAUUUAUACAGUAAUCUAAGUGUCAUGCGGAUGAAGGAAUCGAACGAACAGACAAGCUAUCUACGAGAAGCCGAUAGUCGUGGGGCCAUGGAGCUCGUUUACGCAGGCCUAGACGUGCUUGGAAAGACAGCUUGGAAGGUUAACAGGCCGGUCUUCGAAGUCGCCCUUGAAGUGUGGAACAAAGGCGAAGGCUACCCUUGCAUUCCUCCUCUUAACCUCCAACAAACGUAUCCAGAUCCCCCCCUGGAUCACACUGACAUGAGGGCAAAGGCGGACUAUGCCGUCGCUAUGAAGAAGCUUGCCCUUGAACAGGCCGCCAAUCACUCCGACCGAUGUAGCACAAAUUACAAGAUGGAGAUCGCUCGCACUUUCCUUGGAGAGAAGUUUUAUCUCCCCCACAACGUCGACUUUCGAGGGAGGGCUUACCCCAUUCCCCCUCACCUGAAUCACCUUGGUGAUGAUCUUUCUCGUGGUUUGCUGCUCUUUGCCGAGGGAAAGCCACUUGGGAAGCGUGGGAUUCGCUGGUUGAAGAUCCAUCUGGCUAACCUUUACGGUUACGACAAGGCUACCUUUGAUGAUCGAGAAACUUUUUCGACCGAGCACUUGGAGGAGAUUUACGAUUCUGCCGAGAAUCCGCUGACAGGCCGUCAAUGGUGGCUGAAGGCAGAUGAUCCAUGGCAAUGCCUUGCCACUUGCAUGGAACUCCGUAAUGCACUCGAGUCGCCGAACCCGGAGAUGUACGAGUCGUGCCUUCCAGUUCAUCAGGACGGAACAUGCAACGGUCUGCAACACUAUGCAGCUUUGGGUGGUGACGUUAUUGGUGCGCGGCAAGUCAACUUGGACGUCUCGGAUCGCCCUUCAGACGUGUACACAUACGUGGCCAAGAUGGCUGAGGCACAGAUCAACAAAGAUGCCGAGGGCGGACAUGAGAUUGCGCAGAAACUGCAGGGUCGCAUCACGCGAAAGCUUGUCAAGCAAACGGUACGCACAUCUGCAAAGUACUCUGCAGAAACUCAUCAGACGACAGGUCAUGACCACUGGGUGACAUUUAUCGGUGCUCGUGAUCAGAUCUAUAAGCAGCUGAAAACCUUCGAUGAUUUGGACGGCAUGGACCUCUACCCCUGGGCUAUUUACUUGGCUAAAGUGACCCUCAACUGCAUUGGUACCUUGUUCAAAGGCGCAAAGGACAUCCAACUGUGGCUAAACGACUGUGCACGCCUUAUCUCCAAGUCCAUCCCGGAGGAUCGUGUGAGACUGAUGGUUAUGGCCGAGCAAGACGCACGCCGCGUGCCCGGAGAUGUCAAACAGUCGAUCUCCAGGCAGUGGGCUGCGGACAAGAACGGUGGAAAGGAGCAAAUGACGACCGUGAUAUGGACCACGCUGUUAGGAUUACCUAUCGUUCAACCCUAUCGCAAGGCAGGCCGCAAACAGAUCAUGACGCAGCUGCAAUCCGUGUUCAUUUCGGACCCCAAUCAGCCGCAUUCAGUGAAUACUAUGAAACAAGUCAGCGCUUUCCCGCCCAACUUUGUUCAUAGUCUGGACGCCACCCAUAUGAUGUUAACGGCUCUGCAAUGUGAUCGCCAAGGCCUAGCGUUUGCAGCUGUGCAUGACUCUUAUUGGACGCAUGCAUGCGAUAUCGACGCCAUGUCAGUGGCUAUCCGGGACUCCUUUGUGCAUCUUCACAGCUCCAACGUUCUGGAGAACCUCCUGGAAGAGUUCAAAGCGCGGUACCAAGGGUAUAAGCUGCCUAUCUCUGUUUUCAAGAAUAGGAAUACUCUGAAAGCAGUCGGAAAGUCUGAAGAAUCAGCAGAGCUGAAGAGCAGGAUCAAACUGGCCCUGAAAGAAGAAGAAGAACAGGAAGUAGAUAACGAAGAGGAAGCCGGGCUAGGAGAGUCUAUGGAGGACAUUGGCGAGGAACCCAAGAAGAGCAAACGAUCUUCAACGAAGCCACAGGAAGACGAGGAGCCUGAGAAGCCAAAGACCAGGAAACCACGCGUUAAGAAGUCGAUGGAAUAUGUCGUCUUCAAUCCAGCAAGAGAGCGCUCGGCGAGCGAAUUGCAGCAGAUUGAUGAAGAAAUCGACCAUCGCUUCGUCAACCUUGUGGAUGCCUUGCCCCCAAUUCCCAAAAAAGGCGAAUUCAACAUAGAGGUUAUCAGAAACUCUACAUACUUCUUCUCGUGA